AUGGUUGACGAGACUUCAGCUGAAUUCUUGGCUGAAUCCAAAGUGCAAUCCAUUAUCGUCUGCAAUGCGAUCCUAAUCGCCUGCAGUGGAGUAGGAAUUGGUGUGAGACUCUUUGUGCGCUCAAGGUUUCUGUCUGGUAUCGGCUGGGAUGAUAUCUUCUGUUUAAUUGGAUAUAUCUUCACAUUUGUGGAAUGUUUGGUGUGCAUUUUAAUGACAAAUUACGGCUAUGGACAUCACUAUCAAACUAUUCAAAAUGACUUAUACAAACAGAACAUGUUCCUCAAGCUAGACUUCGUGACCGAGAUUACCUAUCUCAUUGCUCUGUGGGCAGUCAAAGUUUCUUUCGGCUUAUUCUAUCUCAAAGUAUUCCCCGGCCGAUGGUUUCGCAUUAUCUGUUGGGGUCUGAUCGUACUCGUUACCGCCGAAUGGAUUGAAGAGACUUUUGUGGUUAUAUUCCAGUGCUCGCCUGUACAAAAGGCGUGGGAUGCCAGUGGAAGUGCGGCGGGCAAAUGUCUCUCGCUUCUAAGCUUUUACUACAUUUCGUUCGCCGUUCGACUUGCGACUGAUUUGGUUAUCUUCGCUCUCCCGCUUCCAGAAUUGCUUCGAUUGAACAUGCCACUCGGAAAGCGUCUUGGCCUGGUUUUCAUGUUUGGCCUGGGUCUUAUGAUUGUGGUGACAAGUAUAAUUCGAGCAACUUACUUGAACAACUUUUCGAUUGAUCAUACAUGGACACUUGUUAACCCUUUGAACUGGUCAUCUGUGGAGAUUGGUGUCGGCGUGUUCAUUGCCUGCGUCCCAUCGUUCAAGACCUUGAUCACCUUCUGCUUCCCCUCUCUCAAACACAUUUUGGGUCUCUCUAGUGGCCGCAGCUACGGUCCUCAGUACGAACUCUAUGGGGCAUCAGGUCGGCGUACAGAAGACCCUCGCUCAUGGAAUGGGAAAUCCCAUAACCACACCAAAAUGAGCACCAUCACCCGUACCAACGUUGAAGCCAGCAGGAACACAUCUGAGGAGCGCAUCAUUUCGGAUAAUCCAGUGGGUAUUCAAGUUACCACUGAUGUAAGUGUGAACCGAGUGACCAAACCGACGGACCCUCAUCUUCAUCCAUGGAACCAAGAAGACUAA